AAUACUAAUCAAGCUCGCAACACGAAUUCUAGACAGGAAAUCAAUCAGGGCCAGCUAUUGGUGGUCGUGGUGGCCAUGCAAGGAAGGAAGUACCUCCAAGAACCCUGAGACCAGCUCUCCUCAGCUCCACUGGUGGUCGUGGUGGCCAUGCAAGGAAGGAAGUACCUCCAAGAACCCUGAGACCAGCUCUUCUCAGCUCCAUUGGUGGUCGUGGUGGACAUCCAAGGAAGGAAGGACCUCCAAGAACCCUGAGACCAGCUCUUCUCAGCUCCAUUGGUGGUCGUGGUGGACAUCCAAUGAAAGAAGGACCUCCAAGAACCCUGUAACAGCUCUUCUCAGCUCCAUUGGUGGUCGUAGUGGACAUCCAAGGAAGGAAGGACCUCCAAGAACCCUGAGACCAGCUCUCCUCAGCUCCAUUGGUGGUUGUGGUGGACAUCCAAGGAAGGAAGGACCUCCAAGAACCCAGAGACCAGCUCUUCUCAGCUCUAUUGGUGGUCGUGGUGGCCAUCCAAGGAAGGAAGGACCUCCAAGAACCCUGAGACCAGCUCUUCUCAGCACAAGUGAGGUCAUAGUCCUCCUUUGUGAUGACAACUUGAGCCUCAAGGUCCGUCCUGCUCCCACAUCGUACAAGUUGACCUUGUGGGUCAGCACUUUGAGGUCCUCCUGGAGAUAUAUGUUGAGCAGAAGCAAGUGGGGAGGUCUUUCUAGUCCUCCGAGGGCCAAAAGCACGGGGGCUUUAACUUCCAAACACCCGGGCCGAGCGAGAACAAGGACCCGUUCCUCCGAACAUGCCUCGGUCCAGCCGUCCAGAUCUUGGACCUCUUUGGCGGGGUCCGAAACCCCCGAGCACCCCGAGCAAUGUUCUCAAAGAGCGGUAGUCAUUGAUACCGGGACCGGGAUGUGUAAAGCCGGGUUCGCCGGUCACCAGACCCCCCAGGUGGCCAUCAAGACGAUAGUUGGACACCCGGCGGAGGAUUGGCCGGAGACGUUGAUGGGAGAACUGGACAUCACUCUCCCGGUUAGGCACGGGGUCAUCGUGGACUGGGAGGCCGCCACGUUCCUCUGGAAGCGACUCUUCUCGGGGCUCAACGCCUGUCCGGACGACUACGCUAUCCUCGUGUCCGACCCUCCGCUGAGUCCGACCACCAACCGAGAGAAGCUGAUGGAGGUGGUCUUCGAGUCGCUCAACUCCCCGGCCAUGUACGUGGCCUACCAGUCCGUGCUGUCCGUCUACGCCCACGGCCGGACCAGCGGACUCGUAGUCGACACGGGGUACGCCACGACCCACACGGUGCCCGUCCACGAGGGAUACAACCUCCCGCACGCGGCGGAACGCAUGGACGUCGCCGGGAACAACGUGACGUCCUAUUUGAUGGACCUCCUGAAGGACAAGGGCUACUACCUGGACGACGAGAUGCUCCCCGUCGUGGAAGACAUCAAGCACAAGUGCUGUUACGUCGCUCUCGAUUCCGAUACCGAACCGGAAUACUCGGUGGACUACCACCUGCCCGACGGUCAGGUCAUCACUUUGGGGGAAGAGCGGUUCCUGUGUCCUGAGCUACUCUUCCACCCGCCGGACACCCCGGAGCUUCCUCUCGUGGGCAUCCCCGACAUGGCCCUACGGAGCUUGAGCAAGGUCCCCGGCGAGUGCAAGAAGGACAUGUGCGACAACGUCCUCUUGUGCGGCGGCUCGUCCCUCUUCGACGGCUUCGAGGAGAGGUUCACCCGCGACGUCAGAUCCAGCGAGUCCGCCGAUAUCAAAGUGAAAGCCAUCCCGUUGCGGCAGUAUUCGGUCUGGACCGGCGGGUCCAUCCUGGCCUCGCUGCAGAACUUCCAGUCGUGUUGGGUCACGAGAGAGCAGUACCACGAGCACGGCCCGUGCAUCGUCCACAGGAAAUGCUACUGAGUCCGGGGCCGACGUGACGCCGUAUGUUCCUCGUUUCUGGGUAGACCGGCGUCGAACGGGUCGGGGAAAUAAAUCCCGUAUAUAUUUGCAGAAA